AACAAAUUAAAAAAAUAUAGUAAUAUUUGCGUGUUUUGUGUGGAUGUGGAUGCCGGAGCUCUACUCCUUGCUUACCUCUUCGGAUCUGAAAUCCCCAAAUCAUUCUGGACAGAGUUUCUCUCUGAGUUGACUCUUUUCUCUUGUUGACGCCAUUCUAUUGGCACCAAUUAUUUCCUGUUUUACUUCAUUUCUUUGUUCUUUUUUACAUAUCUGAUUUCAUUUUGCACAGUUUAGUUUAUAAGUUUUUCAUUUUAGAGUAUCUGUGUUGUGUAUUGUAUAUAUUUGGAGAAGCAGUUUGCAAGUGAGUUGCCGGUCCAGAGGUUGGGAUCGGAAACAUGGGUUCAGAAAGCCAUCAACAAUCUGAAAACAUUGAAAAUAAUGAGCACGAAGAUUCAAGACCUUUAUAUCUACAAAAAUUUCGCCUCUACGAAACUACAUCGAACUUCUAUAUGGUUGGAAGAGAUAAGACUAGAACUUACUGGAAAGUUUUGAAAAUAGACAGACUAGAGCCAUCAGAGCUAAUUAUGUACGAAGAUUCUGCCAUAUACUCAGAACUUGAAUGUAUUGACCUCCUUAAAAGAAUACAUGAAGGAAACAAAUCAACGGGAGGGCUUAAAUUUGUUUCGACAUGCUAUGGAAUUGUUGGUUUUGUAAAGUUUUUGGGACCUUAUCACAUGCUUCUUAUUACAAAAAGAAGGAAGAUUGGACUAAUAUGUGGUCAUGCGGUUUAUGCCAUUACAAAGAGCGAGAUGUUCCCAAUUCCCAAUUCUACUGUGCUAUCCAAUAUGGCUUAUUCUAAGAAUGAGAACAGAUACAAGAAGCUCCUGCGCACGGUGGAUCUCACAAGGGACUUCUUUUUCAGCUAUUCCUAUCAUAUUAUGCUUAGCCUUCAAAAGAAUCUAAGCAAUUGUGAGUCUGGACUCACGCUUUACGACACAAUGUUUGUAUGGAAUGAGUUUUUAACCCGAGGAAUUCGCCAUCAACUUAAAAAUACUCUUUGGACUGUCGCUUUAGUAUAUGGAUUCUUUAAACAGGUUACACUUUCUCUUUCUGGUAGGGACUUCGUGUUGACCUUAAUUGCUAGACGAUCUCGUCAUUAUGCUGGUACCAGAUAUUUAAAAAGAGGGGUAAAUGAGAAGGGUCGUGUAGCAAAUGAUGUCGAAACAGAACAAAUUGUGCUUGAAGAUGCGCCUGCUGGGUGCCCGCUACAAAUAAGUGCUGUUGUACAGAAUCGGGGUUCAAUACCUCUUUUCUGGUCGCAGGAGACUUCACGUUUGAAUAUUAAGCCUGACAUCAUACUCUCUAGGAAGGACUUGAAGUAUGAAGCCACCAAACGUCACUUUGAGAAUCUUGUGAAGAGAUAUGGAAAUCCAAUUAUAAUAUUGAAUUUGAUUAAGACUCGUGAGAAGCGGCCAAGAGAAACAAUUCUUCGUGCAGCAUUUGCUAAUGCUAUUGAGUUUAUAAAUAAAGAUCUUUCGGUGGAAAACCACUUGAGAUUUCUUCACUGGGACCUAAAUAAGCACUCGAGAAGCAAAGCUACAAAUGUCUUGACACUCCUGGGCAAGGUAGCUGCUAAUGCAUUGGAGUUAACAGGCUUCCUUCACUGUCAACUUAUUCCUGCCUCAAAGACUGGGAAAUUGAUAAAAUUCUCGCCCAUUGACAAUAGUGAAGAUCAAGCUGGACAAGACCUUUGUGAAGUGAGAGCUGAACCGAAUUCCCCUAGUGGAGAUUACCAUGUCAACGUUUCAACACUACAGAGAGGGGUGUUACGAACUAAUUGCAUAGACUGUUUGGAUCGCACAAAUGUUGCACAAUAUGCCUAUGGGCUGGUUUCCCUAGGUCAUCAGCUGCAUGCUUUAGGCUUUAUAGAUGUAGAGAACAUUGAUUUAGAUUCCCCGUUAGCAGAUAAUCUGAUGAAACUCUAUGAAGAAAUGGGUGACAUACUUGCAUUACAAUACGGAGGCUCUGCUGCACAUAACAAGAUAUUUUCUGAGAGACGAGGCCAAUGGAAAGCAGCAACUCAGUCUCAAGAGCUCUUUAGAACGCUUCAGCGCUAUUACAGUAAUGCCUACAUGGACGCUGAGAAACAAGAUGCCAUUAAUGUGUUUUUGGGACAUUUCCGGCCUCAAGAAGGUAAGCCAGCUCUCUGGGAAUUGGAUUCAGACCAGCACUAUAGUGUUGGGGGGCAUGCAUCAAGUUUAGCCAUGGAGAAUUCUAGGUCGUUUAUUAAAAGGUCGCUGUCAGAAGGAAAUUUGAUCUGCGGAAGUAGCUCUCCUGUCAAAGAGACCGACACAGAGCAGACUGAUGACUCUGACCAACCUUUGCCUGAGAGUGCAAAAGGUGGUAGUAAGGGUCUUUCCGAAUCGACCCCAGAAAUCUCGACUUGUGAUACUGAUAUUUCGUUUGCCAGGUAUACACCCUCAAUGUCUGGUAGACAGCUUUUCCUGGAUAUGCAAUUAGAGCAGCGUCUCGGCAGUGGAAGUGUUAGAUUGCGUGAACGUAUUGAUUCAAUUGAUUUUUCAAAUUUCCUAGAUGUUGAGUGGCUCUCUUCAUCCGGAAAUUCAUGUGAAGAAGAAGCAUUCGAGAGAUCUGCAAUCAUAGCUUCACCAUGUUAUGUCCUGUCAUCAGACUGUGUAACAGUUGAAUCUAAAGCUGAAACAAGCUGUUCAGCAAUUGAGUCUUCAUCAAGAUUGAAGCGUCAGGAGCAAACUAGUGGAGAUCUCAAUUUUGAUGCCAAAGGAAGUAGUAAACAUAUUGCUGAAUUUUCUGAGAAGUUUGUGCAUUGGGUUAACAACGGAGAUAUACUUUUCCCUUGAGAUCAUUUCCGGUCUCUUUGAAGCUGUAUUCUUCAGACAAUUACAUUCAAUCAAACCAUCCGAAGGAUGUGGAUUACUUACAGAAUAAAUGAUAGUUGAUGAAGAUUAGGUAAGAGAGGAACAAUGAUUUUUGUUAGAGAAAAUAUGCCUAAACUAAGCCAUUAAGAUUGUAAAUUGAAGUACGUUAGAAAAUGAUAUAGAAAGUAUAGAGUACAUAGAAGCAGAUGAUUCUUUCAGUUGUUUGUUGUUUCUUCAUUUUCUACCUUACUGUUUUUGUAGGUUUCAGUUCUGUAAAUAUCUGUUAUAGUUUUGUAAGUUGGAGCUCCAUUAUUCUUUUCUGUAUACAAGCUGAUCUUUAUCGUGUCA